ACGCCAUGUCCCACAUCCUGUGCGAAUGGCUCAACCAGGACGUGAAGCUCUCCCGGCGCAUCGUUCCAGGAUCAUUUCCAGAAGACUUUUCUACUGGCUACCUCCUAGGAGAACUUCUGCACAAAUAUGGUCUUCAGGAUGACUUUAAACAAUUUUCACAGAACAGAGAUGCAGAUGCAAAAAUUAACAAUUUUUCUCGCCUGAAACCCACCCUUUACCUGCUUGGUGUGCAGUUUAAUGAGAAUGUGGCCCAAGACAUCAUGACAAGACAGCAUGGGGCUGCAAAACAUCUUUUAUAUGAAUUGUAUAUUGCUUUGGAAAAAAAGAGGAAGGCAAAGUUCACUGGAGUUGCAGUGGAAGCAAUGAGACCUGCAGCAUCUGCAAAGCUUAAGUCUACUCAAAGUGAAAAUCAAGAGCAUUACAUAGGAAGGAGACAAAAUGAAAUAAUGGCCAGGAUUCAAGCAGCUGUUAUACAGACCCAAAAACAACCAUCAAGACCCGCCAUAAAAUCUUUUGAAGCCAAAAGAUUCUUAAAGAAGAAAAGGGAAGCAGAGAAUGUAUACAAGGAGAUAGAAAAGUUUGAGAAGUCUUUGAAAGGAAAUGCCUCUGCAGUACACAGCCAUGUGACUGACAGUGAUGUGCAAGAAUUAUUACAAACACAGGAGUUUCCAGAAACAAGUCUAGAAACCAUACCAGAGACAAAAACUGAGCUGUUAAAUAUUUAUUCAGAUGAUGAAUAUAUAAGGAAAAUUCAUAAACGUGUAGAGGAAGAUACAUUCUCUAGAGAACAACGAGCAAAGAGACGACGAAAAAUGCUAAUGGAUCAGUUAGCAGCACACGAGGCUCAAGAGAAGGCUUACCGGGAGGAGCAGCUUAUUUACAGACUAAUGAAGCAAUCUCAGAAUGAGCGCAGGAUUGCUGCUCAGCUCAUGCAUGUUCGGCAUGAAAAAGAGGUGCUAAGGCAAAACAGAAUUUUCAGGGAAAAGCAAUAUGAAGAAAGACGACAGAAGGAGUUCCUGGAAGCUCUUGACAGAGAAGCGGCUCUUGCAAAACAAGAAACUAUUGAUAAUGAAGAACAAAUAACCAGAGAAAGAGAACACCAUAUGAAAAUUGCUGCUGAAAGAGCUCAGGCACGCUAUAAAAAGCAUUAUUCUAUAUGUUGGGAAAUGAUAGACCAAAUCAUUGAUCUGUCAACAAAAAUAGGAGAAUAUCGUCAGCUGACGAACAACCGUGUUCCACUAAAACUGUUGCUGGAUUGGAAGGAACUUUUUCUAAAUGGAAAACCAAUAUAUGAGCAAGCCUCAAUUCAACCUUUGCCAGAUGAACCUAGCCCAGAACAACUUGUAGAGCUGAAUAAAAUGAGUCUGUUAGAUGAAAAAGAUUAUGGUGAAUACAAGGUGAAAAAGGGGCUAUACACAAAGUCAACAAGGAAGAUAUAAGAGACAGGCAGGAAACAGAGGAGAGCACUAGUGAAAAAUUAAACUUUUCAGUCUUAUUUUUGUUUACAUUAUGAAGUCUCAGUAGUCUUCUCUAACUUUAACAUCACUGAAUAUCACAAAAAUUUAUUGACACAUUUAAAGUCUCUUCUUUCCUGCCAGGCUGUUUCAAAUUAUUUCAUAAUUAAUUUAUUCCCAGAUGUUGUUAGUCUUAUGACUUUCUGAAUCAUUGUUCAUCAAAAACUGUCAUCAUAUGACAUGUGAAAUUGUUGGCACCAAUUUAUAAUUACGUCUUCUAAAAGCCUAAGUGAACAGCUAACUCUUUCAAGGUCUUGCUUCUAGAUAACAAAUUUGCUGGUAGGUCAUUCUGCCAAUGUUUAUGCUGAUCUUCCUAAUGCUUGUGAAAAAAGCCCAGGACAGGCAGUUUGGCAUCUCUCAAGAACACCUGGCUUUCCUUAGGCAUACCAGCUGAAAGUGUCAAAUAUGUUUGAUAAAAUACAAGAAAAUGCAAUGCCAUCAGUCCAUUGCGCAUUACGUAUUAUGUUUCAUUUUGACAAUAUUUUUUGAAGCUACCAUGUUGUAAGUUGUGGCUAAUCACUUAAUAAAUUAGUACAAUAACCAAAAACCAAGCAUAACAUUAGGUACUGCUCAAAUAAUUUCUCAUUUCAUUCAGAAGUAUUCAACCAGGAGUUACGUAACUCCCACCUGGGUGCCUGAUAACUUGUUUCUGAUGGGUAAAUUAUUUUACCUCAUGACAGAUACAAUCGAGAAAUCUCCUAGUUAAAAGGGCAAGAGAACUGAAGAAUGGGGGAACCCAUUCCACUUGGAAUGGAUUUUUCCUAGAGGUCUAAUAGAAUUUAAAGCAACUGAUCCAUCUCUUCCUAUAUGUUUAAAUAAAAAUUAUUCAGAUAGUGCAAGUUUUUGGGGUGUUUUAGGAUGUCUUUUCAAUUACACAUGAGAAAUACGUUUUCUGGAGAUAAUAGAGAGGGGAUAUUG